AUGAAGAAUGAUUCAUCUGAACAAUUCUAUGCGUGGUUUGAUGUUUCAAAUAAUCUCGAUGAUGAACGUAGUUGGAUACGAAAAUAUGUUGAAUUUGAUCGAACAAAACGUACAUUGACAUUGUAUUCUAACGAUUGUAUACAUUCAACUAAACAAGCACCAAUUGUUGAUUUAAAUAGUGAAAUGAUAUCAUUAUCAUCAUCAGCAACAUCGUCAUCAUCAUCAUCAUCACUUUGUACUUCAUCAAUAUUAACUAAUAAUAAUAGUGGACGUUCAUCAGUUAAUGCUCGUCGACCAAGUUACAUGUUACAAUCAUUAUCAGAAUAUAUGUCACCAUCAUUAUCGAAAGCUUUUUUUUCAUCAUCAACAACAACUAAUGAUGAUAAAACAGCUACAUUAACUCCAUUGAAUAAUAAUCCAAUACAAUCAAACACUAUGCGUCUUGCAUCAUUCACGGCAUCAACAAUUUAUCAUCAACAAGUACCAAUUAUAGAAGAAGAAGAGUUUGAUGAUGAUGAAGACUCAUUAUCUGAUCGUCUAUCUUCAAUAACAACAACGACAAAUCGACAAUCAAAAACAAAAUUUUCAUAUUUUUUUGGUCGUUCAUCAACAAAUAAUAAAUCAAAUACAAAUCAACAAUCAUUACCAUCACCAAAUAUAAAUAUUGAUUCAUUAAAACGUACAAAAAGUGUUACAAAACUGGAACGACAAAAACGUCUUCAACAAUCUUUAAUAAAUUCAAAUAAUCAACAAACAUCUCCAUCACUUCAUAACAUUCCAUCAAAUCGUUCUCGUUCUCAUGAAUCUCUAUUUGUAUUAAACGGUGGUCCUGGUAAUGGUCCAUUAGGAUCUCUAACAACAACAACAACAACACCAACAAUUCCAAAUCAAUUAAUAUUAGAUAAUUGUCAUAUACGUCGUUUACAUCCAAGUAUAUUACAACAAACAUCAUCUGAUAUACAUGAUGAACAAUCAACAUCAUAUCAAUCGAUUCAAAUACGAAAUAAAAAUGAAAAAAAAAAUUAUUAUCUACGUUCAAAACAAUAUUCAACUGAUAGUUCAUUAUUAAUAAAUAGUUUACGACAAACAUCAUUAGAAACAAUAACAAAUUUAUGUGGUUUAAGAACAGAUAAUUCAUUAGAUAUAUGGAUAUUAGAAGCUAAAGGUUUACCUGUUAAGAAAAAAUAUUAUGUUAAAAUAUUUCUUGAUGAUGAUAUUUAUGGUAAAACCACAAGUAAAGAACGACGUGAAAUACUUUUUUGGGGAGAAAAUUUUACAUUUAAAGAUAUACCAGAAGGUUGUUCAAUACUUCGUUGUAAAAUUUAUCGUGAAAUCGAAAGACGUAAACAAAAACAAGUCAAUGGAAAUGAUAUUGAUUUAAUUGGUUAUAUUGAUAUACCAUUAUCAACAAUAACUGGAAAUCAAUUUAUUGAACAAUGGUAUCCAUUACAAAUACCAUCUGGUUUACCUAUAACAGGAAAAGAUAAAUCACAAAGAUUACAAGAUGGAUCAUUUAAUAUUAGAAUUAAAGCUAAAUAUCAAGCUAUUGAAAUUUUACCUAUUGAAUCAUAUUUACAUUUACAAGAAUAUAUUCGACGAGAUUAUCUUCGACUUAUUAGAAUUCUUGAACCACAUAUUAGUUUACGUGAUAAAGAUGAAAUUGCAACAUCAUUAACCCGUAUUGCUCAAUCUCUUUCAUUUUCUACAUCAUUUCUUGUUGAUAUUGUACAAGCUGAAAUAUUAUCAACACCAGAUAAUUCUUUAACAUUUCGUGGUAAUUCCAUAGCAACAAAAUCUAUGGAAGCAUAUAUGAAAUUAAUUGGUGAAACAUAUUUACGUGAAACAUUAACACGUUUUGUAACAGAUAUUGUAUCAUCAAAAAAUUCGAAUGAUAUAGAUUUAGAAGUUGAUCCAGGUCGUGUAUCAAAUCUUCAAAAUUUAGAACGUAAUCAAAUAACAUUAAGAUUAUUAUGUGAAAAAAUUUGGUUUGAAAUUCAACAAUCACAUUCAUUAUUUCCUCAGGAAUUAAAACGUAUAUUUUGGAAACUUCGACAAUUAUCAUCAUCUGAUGAAACAAUGUUUAAUUUAAUUAGUGGAUCAGUUUUUCUUCGUUUUCUUUGUCCAGCUAUUUUAUCACCAAAUUUAUUUGGUCUUACUCAAGAAUAUCCAAAUGAAAAAUCAUCAAGAAAAUUAACAUUAAUUGCUAAAACAUUACAAACAUUAGCAAAUUUUUCUAAGUUUGGUCCAAAAGAAUCUUAUAUGAAAUUUAUGAAUGAUUUUGUUGGAAAAGAAUCGGAAAAUAUGAGAAGAUUUUUAGCUCAGAUAUCUACAAUUGAUCAUGAUUAUGAUGAACCACGAUAUGCACAUAGAACUAAUCUUCACGAUGAUAAAUGUGAUAUUGAUUUAGGUCGAGAAUAUUCAAUUCUUCAUUCAACUCUUGCUGAUUUAUUUGAACAAAUUGAUUUUAAUACACGUCGAACAUUAAAUGAAUUAGAAUAUGUUUUAAAUGAAUUAACAAAAAUAAAAUUAUUUUAUUCAUCAACACAAAAUGGUACACAAAUUCAUUUACAUCAUCAUCAUCAUCAUAUAUAUCAUCAUUUAACAACACCAUCUGAACAUUAUUAUAAUCGUUUAGAUAAACAAUCAAAUGAUAAUCGUUCAUCACCAUAUGGUAGUCAAAUAUCAUUAUCAUUAACAGGUACAGGUACAACAAAUGAAUCAUCACAAGGUUAUCAUUCAAUAUCAACAUCACCAACAAUAACAACAGUUGAAAAUUUAAAUAAAGAAAAUAUUCGUACACCAUUGUCUUUCAAAAAUCCAAUAUUUAAUAAACAAAUAAUACAAAUUGAAGAAAAUAUUCAAAGUGAUUUAUCAGAUGACGAUAAUAAUAAUAAUAAUAAUAAUCAUAAUCAUAGUCAUAAUCAAACACAAACAGAUUCAUCAAAAGCACUUUAUUUUAUUAAUAAUCUUUGUAUUGAAUCUAUUAAAAAUUCUUCAUCACCAUCAUCAUCUUCACAACAAUCACUUGUUCAUUCAGCUAGUCGACAAUCAUUACAACAACCAUUAUUUGUUUUAAAUAAUAGUUAUAUGACAAGAAGUACACAAAGUUUAGCAUCAACAUCAAAUAUAAAUACACCUAUAACAACAAAUAAUUCACCAUCAACAUAUUAUUGUCUUAAAACACCACAUGAUCAAUUUUAUGGAACAAAUAAAAGACAAUCAAUUUUAUCAAAUCAACAAUUACCACCACCUAAAAUGGGUCUUAAAGCACUUAAUCAUACUUCAACAUCAAAUAAAGAUAUUGUUCUUGCUCAACGUUCACCAAUGUUAAAUUUAUAUCAAGAAGAAAAAUGUCGUCGAAUUGAAUGUGAAAAACAAGCUGAACGACUACGUAAUGAAUUAAAUCGAUCAAAUGAACAAAUUGAAGAAUAUCGACAUUUAAUUUAUUUAUUAAAUGAAAAAAAUUUAACAACUAAUAUUGAUGAUAUUAAUUUAAUUGAUUAUUCUGAUGAUGAUAUUGAUAUUAGACUAAUGGAAAAAAAUUUUUGUCUUGAUGAUAAUACAGAAAAUAAAUUUAUUUUUUUGUAUAGUAAACCUUCAUUACCACCAGAUGAUGAUGAUGAUGUUGAUAAUUUAUCAAUACUUUCACAUCUUGAAAAUGCGAUUGAAUGA